AUGUGUAGACAAUGGUGCAAACUUAGCUUCCGUGGAAAAAUAUUAUCAGUUGUUACAAACGAAAUAACAUGGGGUAUAUUUAUUAUUCUUGCUUGUGCCAUUGCUCUGAUCAUUGUGUGGGUAGUAAACAAACCAAUUGAAUGGCAAAAAUACAAAGAUCCUGUUCAUGAACAAAAGCUUAUGAGUAUUAUUGGUGGUAUAUUUGCUAUUGUCGCCACAUUAAUGAGUCUGGCUCAAAUUGUUCAACAUCUUGUUCACAAAUCUCAUAAAGCUUCGCAAAAGCGAAUCAUACGUAUAUUGUGUCUAGUGCCUGUAUACGCUUUAACCUCUUGGCUAUCUCUACUCUUUUUCAAAGCAGCUAUUUAUAUGGAAUUUAUUCAACAAUGUUAUGAAGCUUAUGCUAUGUAUUGUUUCCUCCUUUUGCUAACAAAAUACCUCGGUGGUCAUCGAGGUGUAAAAGAAACGAUUGUACACAAAGAAACCAUUCAUCUGGUAUUCCCAUUUGGAUGUUGUUGUCAACCAAAAGCAAAUCCAAAAUGGGUAUGGUAUUUUAAGAUAGGACUUCUACAAUAUUCAUGGAUUACACCAAUAUGUUCUGGUAUAGCCGUUAUUUUAAACUUGACGAAUAUCUAUAGUAAUGGUCUAUGGAAAUUUAAUCAAGGUUAUCCAUAUAUUACAAUUAUUAUUACUAUUAGUCAAAUAUUAGCUCUUUACUUUUUAAUAACAUUCUAUAGUAAUAUGAAAGAUGAUUUAAAACCAUUUCAACCACUUGCAAAAUUUAUUACAAUAAAACUUCUUGUUUUCUUUAUAUUUUGGCAAUCAGUAAUAAUGAGUAGUCUUGCAGCUGCUGGAGUACUUCGAAAUACUCUAUGUGAUCCACAAGUCAAUGCCUAUUGUCAUGGUUCAACAAUAGGAUUUACGGUUGAACAAGAAAAAAUUUUAUUAGGAAAUAUAUUGAUCUGUGUUGAAAUGUUCUUUUUUUCAAUCGCUCACCAUUGGAUCUUCAGUUGGAAACCUUAUGCAAAUGAAGCGUUCACUAAUAUUAUCGAAUCUCGAUCUCUUCAAGCAAUUAAUAAUCACAAUAAUAUUGAUAGACAAUUUGCUACAACAUGUUUUUAA